AUGAGUAAUAUAGCAGCACUUGAACCAUUCAUUGGUAAAGAAGAUCCAAAUGAUUUGUUUGAGUUGAUCGAAGAGAUUGCUGAGGGAUCGUUUGGUACCGUUUACAAGGGCAAGCAUUUGCCCUCUGGAAAUAUAAUGGCUGUCAAGAUCAUUGGACUCGACGAAGACGAAACAUUCGAUGAUCUGGUGGUCGAAAUCGAUAUUCUCAAUAGAUGUAAUCAUCAAAACAUUGUUAAAUAUUACGGUAGUUGGGUAAAAGGCGAUGAACUAUUUAUUGCAAUGGAAUGCUGUGGUGGUGGUUCAAUCACUGAAAUAUAUCAAGAAUUAAAUGUACCAUUAAAUGAACAACAAAUUGCAUAUGUUUGUCGUGAAACUUUGAAAGGAUUGGAAUAUUUACAUACUCAUGGUGUUAUUCACAGAGAUUUGAAGGGUGCUAACAUUCUCUUGACCGAGGCAGGUGAUGUCAAAUUGGCAGAUUUCGGUGUCAGUGGACUUUUAGAUAAAUCUAGUAAACGUCUUACUUUUAUUGGUACUCCCUAUUGGAUGGCUCCAGAAGUCAUUGAAAAUAGAAGCAAUCAAGUUCCAUAUGAUACAAAGGCUGAUAUUUGGUCAUUAGGUAUUACAUUAAUAGAAUUGGCAGAAGCAGAACCACCACUCUCUGAAAUUCAUCCAAUGAAAGUAUUAUUCCAAAUUCCAUAUCGUGAUCCACCAAAAUUAAAGAAUCAAGAAUCCUACUCAAAAGAUUUCAUUAAUUUCAUCAAUCAAUGUCUACACAAAGAUCCAAAUCAAAGAAAGACUGCAUCUGAAUUGUUAAAGCAUCCAUUUGUUGCAAGAUCAUCAGAAAAAAUUAUUAUGCACGAAUUAAUUCAAAGAUAUAGAAAAUUGAGAUUGGCAGAGAUGGAAAUGGCUGAGGAACCCGAUGAAGAACUCGAUGACGAUUCCGACGAUAAGGAGGAUGCUGAUAAGAAACACUUAAGUGUUCCAUCCAAUGGUCACGUUGCCAAUCCAUCACCUCCUUCUUCACCAGCAGCAAGCAGAUCGAUCAAACCAAACGCAUCACUGAAAUCCAAGCUGAGAGAGGAUAGCAGCGGUGAUCUCAAAGCAAAGAUUGACAGUAGCGGUGAACAUUCAGUCAAGAAGCCAGUUGGUGCUGUUGCCACCACUAACGGUGAGAGCAACACCAAUGGUCAUGUCACCGUCACCACUACAGCAACUACCACUGCCACUACGACCAACACCGCAGGACAGAAAGAUAGUGGUCAUGCAACUGCCGCUCCAUCCACUAGCAAUGGAAAGACUGCCGAUGGACCAAACUCUCGUUCACCCGAUAUCAGAACCAAUCGCAAGGCUGGCCGUCCUGUCACUAUUCGUAAGACAAUGGAGAAGCGUAACGAGGCAAUGAAGAAGGUUGUCAAUGAAUCAGUCCGAUGGAAGAACACAGCGUUCAAAGACCUCGGAUCAGCAGAAACAACAACAGAAGGAGUUCAAAGACCACCAGAAGCAACAACAGAAGCAAAAAGAAUCAGAGUUGAAAGAUCACAACAAGGGAAUGGACAAAUCCACUCCAAAGAAACUAACCAAACACAUGGCAAAUCAACAAAAGAUCAUUCAAGGACACGAAGUUUUCAUUCAGGAUUUGAUCUUCCAACAGAAACAGGACUUCCAAAAGCUGUUGGAUGA